UGGCAUCAUCAUGGCAUCUAUAUAUAUUUAGACAAAGACGUGCAUACCAUAAUAAAUAAACAGACUAUACACUUUAUAUAUUAAUUAUUCUCUCUAGUCUAUAAUUAAUAUAUAUGGCGUCGCUUCAAUUUUCAUCUUAUCUCCUGGGAACAAACCAUAAAAACAUAACUCCACUCCGAUCUUCCAAAGCUAUUCUCCAGCCUCAUCCACCGAAUCGUGUCCCUCGAAAAGUUUUUUUUUUUGCGUUACGUGUCUCUCUAUAUACCAGUAACCUUUUGCGUCAGACAGAGACCCCUACUCUGUUCGCUGACCAUGAACGGGUGUGAGGCUAGCCAUAAAGCGCCACUCGGUACGGUAGAGACGAGAUCUCUAUCAACGGUUACGUCGCUAGCGGCAGCGACGGAGAGUUUGAUUACCGCCGUCUCUAACGUUAAGUCCGAACCUCCUCCGUUCUCCUCCGGUGUUGUCCGAUUGCAGGUGCCGGUUGACCACCAAAUCGGGGCACUCGACUGGCUUCAUGCACAGAAUGAUGCUCUUCCUCGCAGUUUCUUCUCCCGUCGCAGCGACUCUGGCCGUCCAGAGCUUCUACAGGACUUGUCUAGCGAGAAUGUGAAUGGAACAUGUGAUGCUAACCCGGUCAGUGUUGCUGGACUCGGGUCUGCUCUAUAUUUCAGUGAUCUUGAUUCAUUCUCUCAUGAUCACUGGACAUUGAUCCGAAGGUUUCUGUCUCCGAACUCUCCUCUGAUUCGUGCCUACGGUGGACUUCGGUUUGAUCCCAACGGAGAAGUUGGUGUUGAAUGGGAACAGUUUGGUUCCUUUUACUUUACAGUGCCUCAGGUCGAGUUUGUUGAGUUUGAGAGAAGCUCAAUGCUGGCUGCAACUGUUGCUUGGGAGGAUGAGCUCUCAUGGACGCUGCACAAUGCCAUUGAAGCGCUUGAGGAUACUAUGCUUCAGGUUUCUUCUGUAAUAGUGAGAUUAAGGCGAGAAUCACUAGGAGUUUCUGUUGUUAGUAAGAACCAUGUUCCUAGUAAAGGAGACUAUUACCCUUCUGUAAAUAGUGCUCUGGAGAUCAUUAAGGAAAAAUAUUCGCCACUAAGCAAGGUUGUGCUUGCACGAAGCAGCAGAAUCAUUACAGAUACAGACAUUGAUCCUAUUGCUUGGCUAGCGCGGUUGCAGUGUGAAGGAAAAGAUGCGUACCAGUUCUGUCUUCAGCCACCAGGUGCACCAGCAUUCAUAGGUAACACGCCUGAAAGACUCUUCUAUAGGAAAAAUCUAGGUGUCUGGAGUGAGGCUUUGGCUGCAACCAGGCCUAGAGGUGAUUCAGAGGUUUCUGAUUUGGAGAUAGAGCGUGACUUACUAACCAGUCCCAAAGACGAUCUUGAAUUCUCCAUUGUGCGAGAGAAUAUAAGAGAAAAACUUAGUGCCAUAUGUGACAGAGUAAUUGUGAAGCCCCAAAAAACUGUGAGAAAGCUUGCAAGAAUACAACAUCUAUAUUCUCAGUUGGCUGGUCAGCUUAGAAGAGAAGAUGACGAGUUUGACAUCUUAAAUGCUUUGCAUCCAACGCCAGCUGUUUGUGGAUGCCCAGUAGAUGAAGCAAGACUUUUGAUUAAGCAAAUUGAGUCAUUUGAUAGAGGAAUGUAUGCUGGACCUGUUGGAUUCUUUGGUGGUGGAGAGAGUGAAUUUUCUGUAGGCAUAAGAUCUGCUUUAGUCCAAAAGGGUCUUGGAGCAUUGGUCUACGCAGGAACAGGAAUAGUUUCAGGAAGUGAUCCAUCCUCUGAGUGGAACGAGCUUGAGCUUAAGAUCUCUCAGUUCACUAAGACACUUGAACAUGAGCCAGCUUUGCAGACGAUCAACUAAUGAUGAUGCUGACCAAAAGAUAAUCCUAUAAACUGACAGUAAGGUCCAUAACGCACUUACGCACGUUAUGAUCUAAAGCUGACGUAUAUUUCCACCACCUUCAUGAGAAAACGACAAGUUAUUUUUAUAACGAUUGAACUUAAUCUGAUUAUCAGUAAGUGCUAGUGGAAUAAAUACUUUCAAAAUAUUGUUUCCAGAACGUGAUUGGUUUCUUUUUAAAUUAAGUUUGCGUUAA